AUGGCCAUACCUCCGGAUGUCGCAAAUGAUGCCCUGAAUGUCAUGCUCGCUGUCGUGCAAUCGCUCAUGAAGCGCUGCAUCAAGGUGAAGGAGGGUGAUCCCGAGGCCUUAAGGCUGUCGGACGAGAUUGCCAGGCGCGUGGCAAAAGAUUUGAAACUAUACAGCGAGAAUGCUACAUCAUUCUCCCCACAGCUACUUUCAUUUGCCGCUGUUGUGAGACAGCACUCAAAGGGCGGGGCCUUUGAAAACGUCCCCAACUGGACUUCCAUCACCAACGACGACCCUCGGAUCAAGAGCCACCCACGAUUUGACAAGACCGUGGACUAUCGCCCCCCCUCCACAUCCAACAUUCCCACCAUCGCGACAUCCACUGAUAUUCCUGCCACCGUCCCAAUACCACCGGCCCUCAUUGUCCUGCCAUCGACUCCCUCGACCCUGCCAUCUAUGCCAUCCCAGAUGGACCUGGAUGUCAUCACUAAGCCGGUAGCAGAACCGAAACGACGGGUGGGAGGGCGCAAGAACCCGCCCCAUGCCGCUGAGAGGGAACAGUGGAAGGUAAGUUUCCUGGCCGGCGCUAGCAAGAAGAGGAAGGUGGAAGAUGAAGGGGCCAACGCGGUUGCCAAAAAGAUGAGGAAGUUGAAGUCCAAUGUCAAAAAGGAGCCAACCGGAGUCAUCCAUGCAUCUAACAGCUUACCGCUCCAGGAAUCGUCGCCUGUUGCUACUGACAAGGACGUUCUGCUAGUCAGAGACAAGGAUUUCCUGGAUGCAGAAACUCGGCCUGCAGAUUGGGGCUCGGAUUCUGAUGUUGCUACUCCGUGGCAGCAUUCCGUUCGUUACCACCCCCAGCAGUGCGACAAGUGCGCCAAGUUGGACAUAGCCUGCCUUGUCCUCCCCAACAAGAAAUUCGGGUACACACGCCUCACCUGCACCAAUUGCGACAACAUGAAGAUCGUGUGCAUGAUCGACGGCAUUGGUGUCCGGCAGAGGUUGCAAGGUAAGGCGGCCAAAGCAUCCUCUGACACGUCCAAACCCCCCAAGACGUCCAAGUCCCGAGCUGUCUCCAAAACACUUGCGGCGCGUCCUUCACGCUCUCAACGGAGCAUUGCUGGUAGCGAAGGGGCGGAGAAAAAGCCCACAGAUGUCCUUCCGGGUCAGGCUCAAAUGCAGCCGGAACACGGGCAAUCACCUGUGCCCACCAACCUGCUGGAACCAGAGCCCACCGCAAGAGAAAUCUUGCAGGGCAUCCAGAACCUCGGUAGGAGGUUGGAUCUCCUUGCCGCUAAUGAGCAGGUAGACGCAUUGGAGGUCAGAGUGGGCGCAGUUGAGACCAACCUCUUACCCGAAUCCGUGCCCACCCUAGGGGGGGGUUUCACGUUUCACUUUUUGGUUGCAAAAUUACCCCCCAUUUGUAAGUAUCACGGAGUACCUCCUAAGGAGAUAGUCAAGGUCAACAAGGGGAGUCACUAUUCUCAUAUAUUACUAUAUUCGUAUGGCCAUAUAUGA